AUGAGGUACGAUGGGACCAAAGACCCCCAGGAGCAUAUGACAGCUUUUGAAGCAAGGAUGGACUUGGAAGGGGCAGGUGACGCGGUCAGAUGCCGGGCAUUCCCUGUAACAUUGGCCGGUCCAGCAAUUCGAUGGUUCAACGCCCUCCCACAAGAGUCCAUCACAACUUUCGCAGACAUAUCUCGAAACUUUCUAGCUCAGUUCACGACGCGCAUAGACAAAGCAAAACACCCAAUCAACUUGCUGGGGGUCACCCAAAAGCCCGGGGAGCCGACUAGGAAGUUUCUAGAUAGGUUCAACGACGAGUGUUUGGAGAUCGACGGCCUCACGGACUCAGUCGCUAGUCUAUGCCUAACAAAUGGCCUGCUAAACGAAGACUUUAGGAAGCACCUCACAACCAAGCAUGUAUGGACCAUGCAGAAAAUAAAAAGCGUGGCCAAGGAAUACAUCAACGAUGAAGAGGUCAGUCAGGUUGUAGCAGCCAAUAAACGGCAGAUCCCUGGCUCGUCAGCUCGGCAGGCUCCUCAAGUCGACAGGUACAAAGAAGCCCCCAGGGACGGCACCCUAAACAAGCCACCCAAGCACCUACGGGUAGGAAAGUUCACGAACUACACGCCACUUGCGGCGCCUAUAGCCAUCAGAGAAGGAAAGCUGAGCGAAUUCUCCCGGCUCAUCAGAGAACCGAGGAGGCGGGAAAGGAAAUGCUUCGAGGAAGAUCGAAGCCGAACUGUCAAACCAAGGCAAGAACCCACAGGGGAUGCCAAUAACCCCCCAACUUUCAUAGUCAACAUCGUGGUCGGGCGUGACAGCCCCCCUAAAUCCAAGUCAGCAGCCAAAAGGGACACCCGAGUACUCUCCAUCUCGACAGAUGGCCCCGCCUCCAGCAAAAAGCAUCCCACAAUAUCAUUUGACCCAGAAGAUAAGUGGUUCAGUGACCUCCCCGAAGACCCCCCCAUGGUAGUUACCGUGAUGGUCGGGACAGGACUAGUCAGGCGUAUCCUCGUCGACACGGGAGCAGAUUCAAACAUUCUAUUUAGAAAUGUGUUCAAUGCCAUGGGGCUCAGGGAAUCUGACCUCAAGAACCACCAACACGGAGUCAUGGGACUAGGCAAUAACUACAUUAAACCCGACAGGACGAUCUCUCUCCCAAUCAGCCUAGGAACCAGUGACGCCAGAAAAUGGGUUAUGGCAGACUUCAUAGUCCUUAGAGACUCCACUGCCUAUAACAUCAUCCUAGAAAGAAAAACUAUCAACAAAUUCUCAGCUAUAGUAUGCACCAAGUUCCUAACAAUGAAGUUCAUAACGGACAAGGGAAUAGUUAGUUCCAUAAGGGGAGACCUAGAAACGGCAGUCACCUGCGACAGCGCUAGUCUCUCCUUAAAGAAAGAAUCUAAGAGGGCAGCCAACGUGUUCCUGGCAAAUUUGGACGUCAGGAUGGAGGACAAGCCAAGACCAAAACCAGAAGGGGACAUGGAAAAGUUCCAGAUAGGAAAAAUGGCAGAUCAGUUUACCUUCGUAAAUAGAAACCUGCCCCCAUGA